AUGGAUCAAAAGCGUAAGGAAUUCUUUGACUUGAAACAUGGCCGCAUUACGGUCACUGAAUAUGAAAGAGAGUUCGUCCGGCUUAGUAAGUACGCUCAGGAGUGUGUAUCCUUCGAGGCCAAGAUGUGUAGAAGGUUCGAAGAUGGACUUAAUGAGGACAUUAGACUGUCAUUGGGUGUCCUUGAGUUGAAAGAGUUCAUAGUACUCGUUGAUCGGGCCUUUAAAGUUGAGGAAUUAAUCAAGGGAAAGAAGAAAACUAAAGCAAAAACUAGAGAUGUAAGGAAGAGACAUGCGAGCAAGAAACAAGAUUUGGAUUUUAAGUCUCAGGCUACAUCAGUGGCUAACGUGGACAAUGUCAGAUCUUCCAAACUUGAAUGCCAGCAUUUUGGUCGAAAUCUUUUCGGCAAGUGUAGAAUGAACGAUGGAUCCUAUUUUCGAUGUGGUUCUCAAGACCACUUUAUUAAAGAUUGCCCUGAAAUGACUGAUAAAGAGAAAUUUCAGAGUACAAGGCCAAGUGGCAUCAAUUUUAAAGGAAAACCUCAGAAGAAUGUUAGAGUUGGGGCUGGUAGCAUGAAUGUGACGAGAGACACUACCGUAAAGUCUAAAGCUAGAGCUCCGGCUAGAACCUAUGCCAUACGUGCACGUGAAGAUGCAUCUUCUCCUGAUGUGAUCACCAAUACAUUCUCUCUCUAUGAUAAUACUGUUAUUGCUUUGGUUGACCCUGGUUCUACUUAUUCGUAUGUGUGCAUGAAGUUGGUGUUGAGCACGAAUAUGCCUGAAUCGGAGUUGAAGGUUGACUCAGUAUCGGUUGUAAGUGAAUAUGUGGAUUUAUUCCUUGAAGAAUUGCCAGGGUUACCCCCUAAUAGAGAUGUUAAAUUUGGUAUAGAGCUAAUGCUAGGGACCACACCUAUUUCGGUUGCUCCGUAUCGGAUAGCCCCGAUUGAGCUGAAAGAACUAAAGUCACAGUUGCUAGAAUGA